AUGGAAGCAGGUGAGAGGCCGUAUCAGUGUUCACAGUGCGGAAAAGGUUUCAUUCAGCGGUCAAACUUCCUGAUACACGAGAGGAUCCAUACGGGCAAGAAAUCCUAUCAAUGCGCAGACUGUGGGAAGCGGUUCCUUCAAAGGUCGCAUCUUCUCGUCCAUGAGACGACGCAUAAGGAAGAGGAACCCCAUGAGUGUUCAGAGUGUGGGAAGAGAUUCCAUCACAACUUAAGCCUGGUGAUCCACCGAAGAAGCCACACAAGAGAGAAACCAAUUCGUGAGGAAAGCUUUGUUCAUAAAAUGAGUUUUACCAGAAACGAAAGGGUACAACAACGGGAGAAGUUGUAUUCCUGCUCCGGUUGUGGGAAACACUUCAGUUAUAGGUUAGCUCUCCUCAGACACAGAAGACCUCAAGUGGGAAGGAAGCCAUAUUGUUUCCCUCCCUGUGGAAAAAGUAUUGUUCCCAAAUUAAUGCUUCUUGCAGCCCCCAAGGGGCUCCGUAAUGGACCAAAUUUGCACACCUGCUCCCACUGUGGAAGAGGAUACAGCCUGAAAUGCAAGCUUGCCAGGCAUGAGAGAGUCCAUCUAAGAAAGAAAUCAUAUAAACCAGGAUGGGGAAGACGUUUCAGCCAGGAGUCCAAUAUUAUUGUGCAUGAGAGCACCCACGUGGGUGAAAAGCCACACAAGUGUGCUGGCUGUGGGAAAUUCUUCAACACCUGGUGGAACUUCUUAAAACACCAAAAGACCCACACAGGAGAAAAGCUUUACAACUGCGCUGAGUGUGGGAAGAACUUCAGCAAUAAAUCAACUCUCGUCGUACACCAGAGGACCCACACCAGUGAAAAGCCGUACCAGUGCUCCAGCUGCAUGAAAGGUUUCACCAGCAAAUCCAACUUGAUCAAACACCAGAGGAUGCACACGGGGGAGAAAUCCCACAUCUGCUCAGAAUGUGGGAAAAGCUUCAUCCAGAAAUCAAACCUUCUCCGGCACAAGAAGACCCACAAAGGAAAACGAGAAAAUCUGUUCUCGGGUUGUGGGGAAAGUUCCAGAUUGCCUAUGAUCUUGAUGAAAAAUUCAGGGAUGCGUGCAAAAGAAAAACCAAAGCAAUGCAUCCCCUGUGAGGAAACGUUCAGCGAAAAAACAGUCCUCGUGGCCCAUAAGAGAAUCCACGGAGGGGAGAAGCCAUACUCAUGUUUGGGUUGCGGGAAGAGAUUUAUGUACAGAUCCAGCCUGAUGAAACAUGAGAGAACUCAUGCAGGAUAA